AUGAGCGAACUAGCGGGAAGCUCCAUCAACGCCACAAAUGACGGUUCCCUGGCAAUGCAACUAUUGACUGCGAAGGACGAUCCUAUUGCCAGAGCCACCGAGACGCAGCGCCGAGAACUCUUGGAGACGCUCAUCUUUUCAAAGCCUAUUCGAUGCACCUCUUCGGGACUGGACAGUGGCAGGUGGACCGUGUCGUGCACUUUCCCCGAACAAGGGACCUUAAGCGGAGCGGACGCCACUGAGCUGGACCCCUUCAAGAAAGAGCUUCAAGAUACCUCAGUUUCACCUCGACUUAACGGAAACCUUUCUGUUCGAGCGAGGAAGCAAGAUGACGCUGUCCACAUUGAGUCUAGCGCAGAUCAGGGACUCUUUGACACGGAGAUCUUCUGGAAGCUCCGCGUGGAUCCGACAGGUCCCCAUGAUUCAUUGGACGAGACGAUCGAGGAGAGCAUCUUGGGGUCCGAGUGGUCGGCUCUUAGCAGCAACAUCGAGACGAAGAUCGAGGGUAAAGGUAUCUCCAUGGAUGACUCAAACUCAGAGGCGGACUAG